UAAAAGUAAAAAUUUCAGAGAAAUGCUUAUCUCAAGAAGGAAACAAAUUAAAUGUAACUAAUGAACAGUCAGAAACAAUUCUUAAGGAAGUUCAAAAUGAAAUUAUUUCAUACAAUGUUUUGAGAAAAGAUAUUGGAAAUAAAGAAUGUAUAGGAAAUGACAUUAAAGAAAGUGAAGGUGUACAAAAUAAGAAAAAUAAAGCAGAUAACAUACUUAAUUGUACCAUCGAUAAUAAUCAAACUAAAAAUGCUGAUAAUACAAAUGUAAUAUUGAGUGAAAGUCAGACAGUUCUUGAUUCUAGUAAUAGCCGAGAAAAUUUAUUGUACGAUUUUGAUAUAACUCAUAUUAAAUAUAAUAAAAAUGAAACAUUUAAUGGUCCUUUGGCUAAUGACUGUGAAACAGAAACAAUGAAAGAAAGUGGUGGCAAUAAUGUUUCAAUGUUGCCACUUGUUUUAAAUGAAGAUGGUAAAAAGAUCUUUCGUUUUUACUGGUGGGAUGGUUUUGAAGAUAAAAACCGACCUGGACUUGUGCUAUUAUUUGGAAAAGUUUACAGUGAGGAAUCUUCUUCUUAUAUUAGUUGCUGUGUAUCUCUGACAGAAAUGCACAGAAAAAUUUAUUUGCUGCCAAGACCACGGCAUAAGGAAACCCAAAAAGAAAUUACUCUCGUUGAUGUUAAUCAAGAAUUUAAUGAUACGAUUUCUAAAGAACUAAAUAUAAGUUCUUUUAGAUCAAAAGAAGUACUUAAAAAUUACUGCUUUGAUCCUGAGGUACCUGCCAAGUCUAAAUAUUUAGAAGUCAGGUAUUCGGCUAAAUAUCCAGCACUUGAUUCUAAAAGAAGUGGUAAAACGUUUUCGCGAGUAUUUGGUACAAAUAGCAGUUUUCUGGAAAUAUUUUUGCUAGAAUGCAAAAUCAAAGGCCCUUGUUGGCUUGAUGUGACCAAUCCUGAAUUAGUUCCCAACCGUAUGAGUUGGUGUAAAUUUGAAGUGAAUUGCAAGAUGUCUGAUAUUUCUGUGGCGAAAAACUCUAACGAUAUCCCUCCUCCUCCCCUUGUUGUAGCUGCUAUUAAUAUGAAGACAGUAGUGAGCCCAAAACAUUUCCGCGAUGAGAUUGUAGUGAUUUCUUGCUAUGUUAAUAAUGAAUAUUAUGUAAACAAACAAGCUCCAAAUGUACCUUUUCAAAAGCAUUUCUGCGCUUUAACCACUCCCGAAGGCCAAAUGUUUCCCAUCGAUUUUUAUGAGAACGUGCAAAACUAUAAAGACACCAAGAUACAAAAAUUGGACUCGGAACGUUCUUUAAUAAAUUAUUUCAUCAAUCAGUUCUCAAAAUUAGAUCCUGAUCUUAUCGUUGGGCAUGAUUUAUUAGGCUACCAAAUAACGAUUCUCUGCCAACGUCUCUUGGAGCACAGAGUGAACACUUUCAGUAAAUUUAGCCGAAUAAAAAGAAAUAUAUUGUAUAAAGAAAAAAAUGAGCAGCUGUUGUUUACAGGGCGCUUAGUUUGUGACAUUAAGGUUUCAGCAAAGGAAUUAAUAAAAUCAAGAUCUUUUGAUCUUCUAACAUUGAGCGAGAAUGUUUUGAAGAUAAAUGAAAAUGAAAGAGUCGAAAUUGACCCUACAGAUAUUCCAAAAUAUUACGAAGAUUAUUCAAAUUUAUUAAAAUUAGUUUCCGUUGCAAUGCAAGAUACAUUAUUUAUAUUAAAUAUAAUGUACGAAUUGAAUGUGAUACCACUUACUCUUGAAAUUACUAAUAUUACUGGGAAUCUUUUGUCGAGAACUUUGAUGGGCGGUAGAUCCGAAAGAAACGAAUUUUUAUUAUUGCAUGCGUUUUACGAAAAUGAUUAUAUUGUACCUGAUAAAUACGAAUUGACGAAAAACAAAUAUGAAAUAGAAAGGGUACGUUUUGGAAAAAAGCCCGCAUACUCCGGCGGCCUUGUAUUGGAUCCCAAAGUGGGUUUUUAUGACAGACUGAUUUUGUUAAUGGAUUUUAGUUCUUUAUAUCCGAGCAUUAUUCAAGAAUAUAACAUUUGUUUCACAACCGUACUAGACACACAAGGUGAAGAUGUAGUUUUACCGGAUAAACAAUUACCACCAGGAAUAUUACCAAAAGAAAUUCGAAAACUAGUGGAAAGUCGUAGAGAAGUCAAAAAACUUUUGAACAAUUUAGAUAUUUCAAACAAUUUAAGAGUGCAAUACAGCAUUCGUGAAAAGGCUUUAAAAUUAACAGCGAAUAGUAUUUACGGUUAUUUGGGAUUUUCAAAUUCACGAUUUUAUGCAAAAAAAUUGGCCGCAUUAAUUACUUACAAAGGAAGAGAAAUUCUUACAAGUACAAGAGAUGUAGUCACAAAAAUGGCACUUGAAGUCAUUUAUGGUGAUACAGACAGCAUAAUGGUUAAUACUAAUUGUUUAGAUUACGGCCAAGUUAUGCAAAUCGGCGUUAAAAUAAAACAAGAAGUGAACAAGCUUUAUCAUCAAAUAGAAUUAGACAUAGACAGUGUUUUCAAAUACCUCCUUUUACUCAAAAAGAAAAAGUAUGCGGCAGUCACUCUAACAAAAUCAACAUCAGGACAACUUGUGACAGCACAGGAGUACAAAGGACUGGAUUUAGUUCGAAGAGAUUGGUCACAAUUGGCUGCUGAGGCUAGCAAAUUUAUUCUUAAUUGCAUCUUCAAAAAUUGCAGUCUCGACGAGCGAAUUAAAAAUAUUCAAGUACACUUAAGAAAACUUAGAGAAGAUUUGGAGCAUGGUAAGGUGCCUUUGCGCCUUUUAAUAAUCACGAAACAGCUUAAUAAAGAUCCAAAAAUGUACGCUGACAAUUUGCAGCUACCACAUGUUAAAGUUGCUCACAGAUAUAAUAAGAAAGGUGGUAAACUGCUAAAAGCAGGAGAUACUGUAUCUUAUGUGAUCUGUGAAGAUGGUACUGGGAAUUCUCACGUACAGAGAGCGUAUCACGUAGAUGAAUUGAAGAAUAAUGAAUUAAAGAUCGAUGUUAAAUAUUAUCUCGCACAACAAAUUCAUCCUGUAGUAACUCGUCUUUGUGAGCCACUGGAAGAGAUUGAUGCUUAUGAAUUGGCGACCUGUUUAGGUCUGGAUAAUACAUCAUUAAAAAAGGCAAAAAAUAAUAAUCACAUGUACAAUAAUGUAUGGAGUAAAGAAAUUGUUUUCAAAAACGUCCAGUUCUUUUCAUUCAAGUGUAUAUCAUGUAAGAGCGUAAAUGUCGUUAAAGAUGCACACAAGACCAGUUUUUUGGAGAAAUGCACAAACCUGAAUUGCUCUGUUCGCCCGGUAGAUUACCUAACAUCUGUUCAAAAUCAAUUAAUUCGAAAUAUUCGAAUGUACAUAGCCAAGUAUCAUGAAAAUAAAUUUAAAUGCGAAGAUCUUAGUUGCCUUAGAGAAACAAUAGAUAUUUCUCUGAGGUCCGUUUACAAAUAUCCUAUUUGUUUACCUUGUGAAGUAAAAGAAAUUCAUAGGAAUUAUUCUGAAGAAGAUUUACAUACGCAGUUGUUGUACUACCAUCAUUUAUUCGAUUUAAAUAAACACGAAAGUAAGUAUGUACAAAUAUACAACUGAGUUAAUAUGAAUACCGAAAAUGUGACUAGGUACAUUUAUAAAUGUAUUUGUACACCUAAAUUGCUUUUAUUAAGCAAAGG